UAUUCGUGUGGUGCUGCUAUCCCGAGACCUCCGGGUUGAGUCUCGAGGAGGUGUCCGAGGUGUUCGCAGACGACUUUGGAAUACGGAAGAGCGAGGCAAUGCGGCGGGCCAAGCGAGGGGGUGUGGUAUGAUUGUCGAAGUGGUGUUAUGUCCCACUAUGUCAUGGGUGCGGCCUACAUCGCCAAAUUUUGGGAGUGGGGCAGUCCGCGAUGGUCGAUCCCCGGGGAUGAACGCCGAGAUUCCGAUCGGCCUACUCCGUCCGGCAACUAGCAUUGGCGCGGUCUCAGCACCGCCCACUACCUUACUGCAAUGGCAACACAGACACAGACACUGACCGCCACCGAGACUCGCCCGAGCGUCCUCCGCCUCCGCGGCGGCGACGAGGCGACCAAGCUCAAAAUGCGCCAACACCUCAAAGAGCGCCUCGCGGGCGCCUUCCGCAUCUUCGCUCUGCUGGGCUACGACGAGGGCGUCGCCGGCCACAUCACGGUGCGCGACGUCGUCAACCCGCACGCCUUCUGGGUCAACCCCUACGGCGUCGCCUUCGGCCAGAUGACCGCGUCCGACCUGCUGCUCAUUGACCACGACGGGAACGUGCUCGGCGGCGGCCACCCGGGCGACGGACAGCUGUUCAAUGCCGCCGGCUUCGCGAUCCACGGGUCUAUCCACCGCACGCGCCCGGAUAUCCAUGCUGCCGCGCACUCGCACAGCUAUUUCGGGAGAGCGUUUAGCUGUCUCGGCCGGAAUAUCGACUUGGCUUCUGUUGAGGGCGCGCAGUACGGCGACACCGUGCGGCUGUACGAUGACUUUGGCGGUGUCGUCCUCGACGACGCCGAGGGGCAGGCGAUUUGCAAGGCCCUCGGCCCGACCGGCAAGGGCGUCAUUCUUCAAAACCACGGUAUCCUCACAGCCGCGGGGACCGUCGACGCGGCCGUGGCAUACUUUGUCCGUCUGGAGAAGCUCUGCCAGGCGCAGCUUGAGGCCGACGCCGCGGGCGGACCGCGUGUGCUCAACGACAGCGAAGUGCACGCAGUGUUUGCCGAGCAAGGCGGCGAGGAGGUGGCCUACGAGCAGGCGCAAGAGUUGUACGAAUGGCUCGAGGCUGUCGACGGUGAGGACUAUAAGCUAUAGGGACGUAAUCAGACCGUUGCACAUGCGGCACAUUUGUACAUCAACGGGUGGAGUCUAAUGAGCUUCUU